UUAUACCCGAGGGAUUCAGAAAGUCGGACUUUGCGGCAUCUGGACGGGAUGUGGAGCUUUAUCAUAGACGAUUCAGUCACAGGGAACGAAAGUUUUGUCAAUCAAUGGUACAGUGAUCGGUUAUCUCAGGCCGGAGAUGUUAUUGCAAUGCCAGUGCCAUCCAGCUACAAUGAUAUCACCAACUCCAAACUGGUGCGAGACUUUGUCGGCUGGGCUUGGUACGACAGGGAAUUUUAUCUGGAUAACACGUGGUCAAAUAAAAGGAUAGUUCUCAGAAUUGACAGUGCCCACUAUAACGCCAUUGUGUGGAUAAAUGGGCAAGAAGCAAUGCGCCAUGAAGGCGGCCAUCUUCCAUUCGAAGCGGAAGUGACGCAAAUGCUACAAGUUAAUGGUGAAAAUUACGUCACAGUGGCAAUCAACAACACACUUUCACCGACCACCCUGCCACCAGGCGCUACUGAGUACAAGACAGACCCAGAGAAGUACCCGCCGGGUUAUUUUGUUCAGAAUUUGCAAAUGGACUUUUUCAACUAUGCUGGAAUCCAUCGUCACGUGACUAUUUAUACAACACCAAAGACAUAUAUAGAGGACAUUGAUAUAGUCACUGAUAUACAAGGAAAUGAUGGUAGAGUCAAUUUUGUCAUAUAUUCUGGUGGGCUGGCGGACCUGAUCAAUGUAAAGGUUGAGGUUGCCGACAAAGAGGGUCACGUGGUAGCUACCAGCAACAUGUACAAAGAUACUGUUACAAUACGGGAUGCACAUUUCUGGUGGCCGUAUACAAUGAACUCUAGCAGCCCAGGAUACCUGUAUACAUUGAAAGUGACAGUUACAGACUUGACUGGAGGAGAUGUAGAUGUGUACCGCCAGCCGUUUGGUAUUCGGACAGUACGUGUCACAAAUACCAGUCUGAUGAUCAAUGAACAACCGUUCUACUGUCUAGGAGUCAACAAACACGAGGACUCGGAUAUACGUGGUAAGGGUCUGGACUAUCCUCUAAUUGCUCGUGAUUUCAAUAUGUUAAAAUGGUUGGGUGUAAACUGUUUCCGAACUUCGCAUUAUCCGUACGCUGAAGAGAUAAUGGACCAGGCAGAUCAGCAAGGCAUCGUUGUCAUCGAUGAAAGCCCAGGUGUUGGGAUAGGUGUUGGAAAUUUUAGCAAUAAGUCACUUGAGCACCAUAAAGCAGUGAUGACGGAGAUGUAUCAAAGGGAUAAGAACCGACCCGCCGUCAUCCUUUGGUCCGUGGCCAAUGAACCAGCUACCAACAAGCCGGCAGCCGGACCAUACUUUAAGGAUGUCGUGGAACACGUGCGCUCUCUCGACUCGACACGUCCAGUGACAUUUAUCACUAACCAGACCUACAAUACAGAUGUUGCAGUCCAGUAUGUGGAUAUAAUUCUCGUAAACCGUUAUUAUGCGUGGUACACGGACGUCGGUCACACUGAACUAAUCCAACAACAACUGGAGAACGAUUUGCGCCACUGGUACCAAAGAUUUAACAUGCCAGUUAUAGUCUCUGAGUAUGGUGCAGACACAAUAGCUGGGUUUCACCAGGAACCAAGUUUCGUGUUCACCGAGGAAUACCAACAAGAAUUUCUUCAGGAAUAUCACAAAACCUUCGACAAAUUGCGAGCUGAAUUCCUUGUCGGAGAAAUGCCCUGGGUCUUUGCGGAUUUUAUGACAGUACAGGGUAUUAAACGUGUUGCGGGUAACAAGAAGGGACUACUGACACGGCAACGGCAACCAAAAAUGUCUGGACAUUUGAUACGUAGUAGAUAUAUGAAAAUGAUCAAAGGACAAACGUGCACACUUAAUUGA